AUGAUACCUGUUUCUCAAUUGUCAUGUCUUUGGUUUAGUCCCAAUGAGAGAACACGUGCGACCACAGUCGCUAUCAUGGCAAAUAGCUUUGGCUCAACUGCCAGUUUUCUUAUCAAUCCAUCAAUUGUUGCUCGUCCUACGAAUCUGCCUUACUUGCUGUACUUUCAUUUUGCUUUAGCACUUUUAGCUGCCAUUCCUGCUCUCAUAUAUUUUCCUGCUGAACCACAAACACCUCCAUCACAUGCAGCUCAGAUACUCAUGCGUGGAAAAGAGAAAAACACAGAUUCAGACUUGAAGACUUACAUAAAAGAUCUUCGACAAUGUGUUACUAAUCGCUCAUUUGUUCUACUUGUAACAGUUGGAGGUCUAAUGGGAGGAACUUUUGCAAUAUGGACAGGCUUAUUUUCUACGAUUCUCGCUUUUGAGAAUUAUUCUGAAAAGCAAGCUGGCUGGUUCGCUUUUGGAUCAUCUUUCGGUUCAAUCGUUGGCGGCUUUUGCAUGAGUGCUCUGGCCGAUAUACCUCGAUUUCAACGUUCAUUAAAAACGUUUAUUCUAUUGGCAUUGAUCGGCUGUUUACUCUCAGUAAUGUGGUUUCAACUAUCUAUUCGUACAAUUUUUUAUAAUGUGCCAAUUCUUGGUUCGAACCAAGUCACUAUUGGAAUUUCUCUCAUUCUUGUUGGUGUUUGUAGAGGAGCUGCAUUGCCGUUAAUCUAUGAAAGUUUGGCCGAAAUUACGUUUCCACUGCCAGAAUCUCUUUCAGCUUCGGUUCUCCUACAAUUGAUGAAUAUUACUGCCGUUAUUCUCCUUUUUAGUACUACUGGACGAUACAAAUUAAUGAAUUUAAUCGUUGUCAUCACUAAUCUAGUAUCUGUUAUCAUGGUUGUAUUCGUGCGAGUCUCAUACAAACGACGAAAUGAAGAUGGUCGAAUGAAGAACGAAACAAUUCUUGGACUCGAUUAA